UCCAUACAUACCUCACCGACUUGUCAGGUGUGAAAAUACAUAUUAUUGUUUUUUUUUUAAAAAUACGAUACCAUAUAAAAAUGUAAAUUUUGCUGCCCGUGAGCCACGGUGUCUGCGUAGACGAUGGCUAGCUUGAUAGGCCUAUGGUCAACAUGCAGGUUAUUAAUGCUGCUGCAGCUGUGCUUGUCUGCAGGCUGCCCGUCACAACCUCAGCGGCCGUCAGUCAACUCGGAGUACCAUGAUUCUUAUUAGUGGACGACAUGCUGGCGGAGGCGUGGCUAAACAAUCGGCAGGACGACCGCAUCAUUUUGACACAGCUCACCCCGAGCGAUUUCGUUAUGGACAGCGUGGUGUACCGGCCGCGAUUGGGGACUACUGUGACGUUCCAGUGCGAAGUGCCGGCUGGCAGCGACGGGCGCGAUGUGUCCUGGCUGCACCAGGAUCGGACCGUCUACGAAGCCGGUCAGCCCUGCCCGUUACCAGUGGACGACACCACGGGACAGUUAUACAACUUCGCCCGCGUCAAUAACACCCUCGUCUUCCAGGUCCUCAAUGUCAGCCUGGUCUCCGGCGGCUCCGUGCAGUGCAUCGCCGCCCCCUCGGGCCCCUCCUACACGUCGCGGCCCCGGGUUCUGCAGCGCUUCGCUCUGCUGCCGCUGAUCACGCGGCGCGAUGACGUCUUCGUCGCAAACAACCAGACCGCCGUCCUGACCGCCACGGAGGGCGAUCACGUGGCGGUGCCGUGCAGAAUUCGGCUGCCCCUUCCGGGCGGAAUUUUUCGCAAUCUGCGCAAUCACAUCAUCUGGCGCCGCAACGGCCGCGUCGUCCACGGCCCCUCGGAGGCGCCAUACGGAUCUCUGAUAGCCGCCUCCGGCAUUCCCCAAGCCACUGCGACUCCCGACAGACAGCCCACCAACCGGCCCGGUCAGAUGACAGACGAUGCAUACAACUUCCGGCACGUCAAACUGACCGCUGCUGGCGAAGUGCAGUGCUUAUUCCGACCGCACCAGGGUAUACAUGAGUGGAUUGCGCAGACGACGACGCUGACCGUGUUGGCCAAGAACUAAUAUAAUAACGCGCAGUGUGCGGCCGUGUUCAUUUCCGUAACAUUAACUAACAUAAGCUGGUCAGCGGCCACUAUUCUGGGCCCUGGCCAAGUACUUGUGGGACUGGUUUAUUAUUGCUUUUUCACACGGACAGUUACGCAUGCGCAUUGUAAAUUUUACUCUAUAACCCGGCUAGGUACUGGCUGUGGAACGUGUUCAAUAUAAUUCAUUUACUAUGAUACGAGAUAUAAUGAAUUAGAAACACUGCCGAUGUUCAGUAAAUCCGGUCAACUGGACAAUAAAAGCAGACUCGCACAUAUAGUCGU